GAGAGAGAGAGCGAGAGAGAGAGAGAGAGCGAGACUUUAUAGGGAGCCAGUGGAAUGUUAUCUCUCAAAUCAUCAGAGGCACGAGGACAAGCACGCGUGGUUGUAAGGAUGGCUGGAGCAAUAUUCUCCUAAUCCGCGGGAAACAGAAAGGAGGACAGCCGAAGACGACACUUUCUUGUCGCAUCGAUCUUAUCCGAGGACUCGUGUCCAUUGUUAUCCGCGCACGGGUCAGAGGGCAACACAUCUCAGAGCGUGCGUUACCGGUCCUGUUAUUAUAAUAUCCAUUCAUCUGUAAGACUGCUCACGGAAAUUUCAUCACACAACAACACGAAUCAUACGAUACCGGCUGCGUUAUAAGUGGAAUUAGUGGCGAGGAAAAUAUUAGGCUGAGAAAUGCUGUUGCUGAUGUUAAAAUAAAAAUUCACAAAGCACAAUGGACAGAUGAACAUGAAACACUAAAACAGAUUUGAUAAAGGGGAUUUUGGGGAAUAAACUCUCGUCCUAUUCAUCAUCAACAGAGGGCAAUUAACAAUUAGUGCACUUUUGAAGCUUUUAUCAAACGGAUCUGAAAAUGAUGCUGAGUCCUGAUCAGACGGAUCCGGACCUCACCUGGGCACAGCCGGACACGGAAUGUCUAAACAUCAUGAAGGUGGAAUGUGUGCCUCGUGAGCCCUUUGAGGCCGAAGAUGGCAAGACUCGCGCACUCGUGCCAGCCGGGCUCACUAGAGAGGAGAAGAGACGGAGGAGGCGCGCGACUGCGAAGUACCGCUCUGCGCAUGCCACGCGCGAGCGCAUCAGAGUGGAAGCGUUCAACGUAGCAUUCGCUGAGCUUAGGAAGCUGCUACCAACACUUCCACCCGACAAGAAGCUGUCCAAGAUAGAAAUACUUCGUCUUGCUAUCUGUUACAUUUCUUAUCUUAACCACGUUUUGGACGUUUAGAUUAACUUUCAGCACAUUAUACAGCAUUUUGAAACAAAACCCUACAGGUGA